AUGUCGACUCCCGCUGCUGAUGUCGCCCCCGCCGAGAAGGGCACCGAGCUCCUCCCGCCGACCACCCAGCAGCACGGCGUUGUCGGCCUCGCCACGACCCAGGAUGUCGAGCAGAUCGAGGCUCCCGUCACCUGGAAGGCCUACCUGAUCUGCGCCUUCGCCUCCUUCGGCGGCAUCUUCUUCGGUUACGACUCUGGUUAUAUCAACGGUGUCACCGCCUCCAAGAUCUUCAUCGAGGCCGUCGAGGGCGUCGGUGUCGAGAAGCUCACCGCCUCCCACUCGUCCCUCAUCGUCUCUAUCCUGUCCUGCGGCACCUUCUUUGGCGCUCUUAUUGCUGGUGACCUGGCCGACUUUAUCGGCCGCAAGUGGACCGUCAUCGCCGGCUGCGCCAUCUACCUCUUUGGCGUCGUUAUCCAGAUGAUCACCGGUCACGGCAGCUCCCUCGGCACCAUUGUCGCCGGCCGUCUGAUUGCCGGUUUCGGUGUCGGUUUCGAGUCCGCCAUUGUCAUCCUGUACAUGUCCGAGAUCUGCCCCCGCAAGGUCCGUGGCGCCCUCGUCGCCGGCUACCAGUUCUGCAUCACCAUCGGCAUCAUGCUGGCCUCGAUCGUCGUCUACGCCACCAAGGAGCGCUCCGACACGGGUGUCUACCGCAUCCCCAUCGCCAUCCAGUUCCCCUGGGGUCUGAUCCUCGGCGGCGGUCUGAUGUUCCUGCCCGACUCGCCCCGUUACUUCGUCAAGGUCGGCAACCUGGCUGCUGCCACCGACUCGCUCUCCCGCCUCCGUGGCCAGCCCGGCGACUCCGAGUACAUCCAGGUCGAGCUUGCCGAGAUUGUCGCCAACGAGGAGUACGAGCGCCAGCUCAUCCCCUCCACCACCUGGUUCGGCUCCUGGGCCAACUGCUUCAAGGGCUCCCUGUGGCAGGCCAAGUCUAACCUGCGCCGUACCAUCCUCGGAACCUCUCUGCAGAUGAUGCAGCAGUGGACCGGUGUCAACUUCAUCUUCUACUACUCGACUCCCUUCCUCAAGUCGACCGGUGCUAUCAGCAACGAGUUCUUGAUCUCCCUCAUCUUCACCCUCGUCAACGUGCUCUCGACCCCUCUGUCUUUCUGGACUGUCGAGCGCUUCGGUCGCCGCACCAUCCUGAUCUGGGGUGCCCUCGGCAUGCUGAUCUGCCAGUUCCUCGUCGCCAUCAUCGGCGUCACCAUCGGCUUCAACAAGACCCACCCCGACCCGGCCGACCCCACCAAGUCGAUCGCCAACAACAUCCCCGCCGUCAACGCCCAGAUCUCCUUCAUCGCCAUCUUCAUCUUCUGGUUCGCCUCCACCUGGGGCCCUGGUGCCUGGAUCGUCAUCGGCGAGAUCUUCCCUCUGCCCAUCCGCUCCCGCGGUGUCGCUCUGUCAACUGCCUCCAACUGGCUGUGGAACACCAUCAUUGCCGUCAUCACCCCUUACAUGACCGACUCCGACAAGGGCAACCUGAAGUCGUCCGUCUUCUUCAUCUGGGGCGGCCUGUGCACGUGCGCCUUCGUCUACUCGUACUUCCUCAUCCCCGAGACCAAGGGCCUCACCCUGGAGCAGGUCGACAAGAUGAUGGAGGAGACCACCCCUCGCACUUCGGCCGGCUGGAAGCCCACGACGACCUUUGCCGCCCAGAUGGCCCACGAGGACGGUGUCCUGCACAAGGAGGUCUAA